AUGAAAAAGCUCCUGAAGAAGUUCCUCGCUUUUACCUCAGAAGCGGCCCGGCCCGACAGCAGCAUUAAUGACUGCGAGAGAUUAGCGCGCUCCGUGCUGCACGAAUUGGCGGGAUUUGAGCAGCCUCUAAACAUGUCUCGCGCCGUGAUCAACGCUAACCGCAGGGAGCAGGAGCACUUUCACGAGCUGACGAAACAGCUAGAAGCGGAUAUUAUCGAGGCGGUGGCGCGAGUGGAUAGCCUAAUGGCGGAGGAGACGGAGGCGCGGCGGCAGCGGCAGCACGAGGAGGAGUGCGAGCUGGUGCGGCGGCAGAUCGCCGCGCAGCCUGCGCGCGCGGUUUCAGAGGCGCGGAUCGCGGCGCUGGAGGCGGAGGUGGAGGCGCUAGAGGCGGAGAACGUGGGCGCGGGGAGGGUGGUGGAGCUGCGGCGGAAGCAGUUCGCGCUGCUGAUGCACACGAUGGAGGAACUACAAGGAGCAUUGGAGGAGGACCCUUCAAGAGAGCUGGCAGCAGUUGUGGCGGCAGGAGGGGGAGGAGGAGGGGGGGGAGGGGUGCCGGUGGGUGCUGGUAGGCCGUCUGCUGCAGCAGGGGUUGAGGGGAACAGAGCAGCAACACCGCCACCACCCACUCAAGUAGAUGCCUCGGGUGCUUCCCCUAUGACAGUUGACUCGUGA